GCGUCCCGCGAGCCUCCAGCGAAACAACACCGAGGAACCGCGUCGGUGGUCCGGAUACACCCGGUACGACUCGGUCCAGAACGACCCGGUCCGGUACGACCCGGUCCGAUACCCCGGGAGGAGGAGAAGGAGAGGAGGAGGAGACAUGGCCGAGGCUCGGGCGGUGGAGGAGGAGGACCCGGGGAGGGACACGCGGGAGCAAGUGGUCCGCCGCUCCGCAGGACGUCGGAAGCCAGAGCAUCGUCUCAGCCAGGGUCCUCUCUCGUCCAUCAGAGCAGCCAUCAAGAGAACCUCCAGGUCCACCGGCCUCCCUGAGCCGUCUAGGGAGCGAGAGAGGGAACGAGAAAGGGAACGAGAGAGGGAGCGAGAGAGGGAGCGAGAGAGGGAGCGAGAGAGGAGGCGACCUGAGAUCACCAUCCUGUCCGCGGAGCCGCUGUCGGCCACUUCCUGGUUCCCCGGGGCUUCUGGGGGAUUCCCGCCUCCCCCUCCCCCCCCAGCUCAGAUCUGGGGGUCCACGAUCCCUCCGUCCGCUCAGCCUCCUCCGUCCUACGAGGAGGUGAUCAGGGAGAAGACUCAGGAGCAGGUUCUCCUCCCUCCUCCAGCCUCCCGCUCCUCCUCGCCGCGCUCGGCGUCUUCGACAACGAUCGCCACCCAGACUGACCCGGGAUCAGCCCCCGACCCCGACGCCGCUCAGGGGAGCAGACCGGUGAGACCGCCGCGGCCGCCCCUCCGUUGCCCUCGAGCGUCUCCGGCUGAUGACAUCACCAUCGCAACCAGCCAAUCGUCACCUGACCUCCACGCCGACCUCUGCCCACCUUCGACCUCGACCUCCGGCGCUCAGACCGACCUCCGAGUCGCCGCCGUCCCGUCAGAGAGCCCCGGCUCCGAGCCCCGCCCCCGCCCGCGCACCAGGCCCGGCGCCGCGGUCAGAGUUGAGACUUUGGUGAAGCUGCGUGACGACGGCGCGGCGACGCUGGCCGCCGCCACGCGCCCGGGAGCCGCCGACCGCGACGCCGGUCAGGGGAAGUACCUCCGGGAGCUGCUGGAGGCCUUCGGCGCCGACGACUGGGGCUUCCCCGAGCCGCGCGGCGACGGCAGCGGGCUCAGCCAAUCGGAGGGCGAGGACGAGGAGGACGAGGAGGACGAGGAGGACGAGGAGGACGAGGAGGACGAGGAGGACGAGGCGACUCUGAAGGCGAGGAUCCGGGCCCUCGAGCUGCAGCAGGCGGCCGGCGGAGACCUCAAGAGGCUGUCGCCCCCCCCCACCGUCGCCCCCAAACCCCAAAACCUUCCUCCAGCAGCCGGGGCCCCCGGGCAGGGCCUCUGGGGGGGCGGGGCUCUGCCGGACCCGGGGCCCCCGGAGCCCGCCCCGCCGUCGCUGGCCUGCAAAACCCCCGAGAAGCCCUCGGAGUCGCCCAGACCCCCGUGUGCCUCGGACCCCCUCCGGUCCGGGGCCCCCGUCCCGGCCCCCAGGCCCCCCCCGGCCGACCCCAAACCUCCACCAAGACCCCCGGUGGCCCCCAGGGCCGGCCUCGGGGCCCCACCCCGGGAUCAGAGCACCGAGGCCGGGCCCGCCGGCCCCGCUCUGCCCCCGAGGCCCUCUGCGGAGGGCGGCGGCCGCCAGGCGGUGAAAAUAGGAAACGUUCGUCCAGACGUCCCAAACAAACCAGCGGCGCUGAGGUCCCCACGGAGAGCCAGUGCUCCGAGUCCCGCCCCCAAACCCACCUCUCCGGACCCCGACCCGGUCCCACCCAGACCUCCGGGCCUCCGACCCGCUCCGGCCCUGAGGAAAGGCCCCGGGAUCCAGACCCGACCCGAGACCCCGGACCCCCCUCUGCCCCCCCGUCCUUCGAGUGUGAAGCUCCUCCCCCUUCGUCCUCCUCCAAUCAAAUCCACCCCCGGGCGACCGCCGCCCCCAGCAGUCGGCUCAACUUCCUCAGCCAAUCCGACGGCGACCCCUCAUCCUCCAAGCCCCGCCCCCUCCAUUUCCUCCACUUCACAAACCACGACGCCCCCUCCUCCUGUAUCGGCCAAUCAGCUGCAGCCUCAACGGCCGUCAAAGAGAGGACCCCCUCUGCCCCCCCGCCCAAAACCUGGACACCCCCUCUACGACAGCUAUGUGAAACAGGAAGUCCUGAUCGUCCUGGACGGCCCCUCAGAGCGCCCAGCGGGGGAUGGGAGGAGCCAAUCGGGGGAUGGGAGGAGCCAAUCCGCUGUCAUCAACACAUCGCAGUGUCUCCUGGACCCCCAACCCGAGCCUCAGGGCGGCCAAUCAAAAGCCUCCCUGGAGGACCUCAGCCUAUCGGACUCCCAGUCCAUUCUGCCCGUCCAGCCGCCUGAGCCCAAGGACCAGCCCGCCCCCGCCCCCGACAGCGGUCCCCGCUGCGUCGCCCUCUUGGACUACGAGGGCGAGGAGCCCGACGAGCUCACCUUCUCCCAGGGCGACGUCAUCGCCCUCCUGGAGCUCAUUGGCCAGCAGUGGGGGCGGGGCCAGAUCCACGGGCGGGGCGGCGUGUUCCCGCUGAACGUCGUUGAGGUGGUGGAGCCGCCGGGGAGUUACGCUCCAAAGACCUCAGAGGACCCUGACUCAAAGGAGAAGGAGGAAGAGGAGAAGGAAGAAGAGAAGAAGGAGGAGGAGGAAGAGGAGAAGGAUGAAGAGGAGGAGUGGGCCGAGGCUCUGUUUGACUUCAGCGGUGAGGCUGCAGACGACCUGUCCUUCCACCAGGGGGCGCUCAUCCAGGUGACGCAGCAUGUGGACGACCAGUGGAGAAGAGGAAGAGUGGAGGGGAGGGAGGGGCUCUACCCCACGGCCUUCACACAGCCCCGUCAGGCUCAGCCAAUCACAGGCCGGCAGUCUGCGGUUAAAGGCGUGGCCAAGUUUGACUUCACAGCCGAGAGCGAAGACGAGCUCACUCUGAAGGUGGGCGACCUCGUGGCCCAGGUGGAGGUGGUGGACGAGCAGUGGCUUCUGGGAGUUGUGUGCGGGAGGCGUGGCAUCGUCCCUAAAAACUACAUUUCACUUCUCUGAUGAGGAAGUGCUGAAUAUGACUGUUGUUGUUGUUGUUGUUGUUGUUGCUCCUCUCUGUCGACCGGUCGGCUGGAGGUUCUUUAUUUACCCAAAACAUUUUAAUAAGACUGAAGCUCUGAGCUGUGA